AUGAAAGUGCAUCAAAAAGGCCAGGCGUUCAAGGUGUGUCUCGAGAAUGGCUCGUGGUUCAGACACCCGGAGUCUGGGUCAGAAUGGUCCAAUUACACCACCUGUGUAGACAUGGAUGACCUGCAGUUUCGGCAGGUGGUGAACACGCUGUACGAGGUGGGCUACUCCAUCUCGUUCGCGGCGCUCGUGGUGUCACUGGUCAUCUUCUUCUCAUUCCGCUCCCUGAAGUGCACGCGCAUCGCCAUCCACGUGCAGCUGUUCCUGUCGUUCGCGGCCAACAACCUGGGCUGGAUCGUCUGGUACCGCAGGGUGGUCGGGGACCCGGCCGUAGUCAGCGAAAACUCGGUGAGCCACGCCACGACGCUACGCCACGCUGCGCCGCCCGUCUAA